GUCCGAUUCUCAUUUUCUCCCUUCACUUUUAUUCUAUUUAUGAUCACCAUCUCUUCCACUCCACAUGCCUCUCUCUCUCUCUCUCUCUCUCUCUCUCUCAAUCUCUCUCUCUCUAACCACUCCUCCUCUCCAUCCCACUUGCACCCACACGCAAAAGCAAUGCCUCUCUAAAUCGAUUUCUCGUUUUUAUUUAUUCUCUCCCAUCUCCAUUUCACAAUUUAUUCCUGCGGGAAACACUCUCUCCCCAAAAUUCUCUCUCUAUGUGUUAGAAAAGCCCAGAUUAUCCGGGAAAGCGGAGGCCCUUUUGAGCUCAGUGCGCAAAGAUACCGAAAGGUUGAGCUUUUCCGUUUGAAUAUUCCGAUAAAAAGUUGGGAUUUAAAAAAAAAAAGAAGAAGAAAGAUUUUAUUUAAUAUUCGAAUGGCGGGAAAUCUCGAAAAAUGGAAGGCGUUUGCACCCUUUUUCACGGUUGUGUGGAGCUUUUUGAUGGCUGCGAUAUUUGUCUCUGCUGAGAGGAACUUAAAGCAAGAGACCCUCUCUCGAAAUGCGGCCGCGGAUUCGUCUCGUGAUUCGGAUUUGUUAUCGGCCGUUGCGAAUUUCUUGUGGCAGGAAGACAAAUCCGGCUACCAGCACGUUUGGCCGGAUCUGGAAUUCAACUGGCAGAUCGUUGUUGGCAGCGUGAUUGGAUUCCUUGGUGCGGCCUUUGGGAGUGUGGGUGGUGUCGGUGGUGGUGGCAUAUUCGUACCCAUGCUUACUCUAAUCAUUGGGUUCGAUGCAAAAUCAGCAACCGCAAUCUCAAAAUGUAUGAUCAUGGGGGCUGCCGCCUCAACUGUUUACUACAACCUUAAGCUCAAACAUCCCACCAUCGACAUGCCCAUUAUUGAUUAUGAUUUGGCUGUUCUCAUCCAACCGAUGCUCAUGCUAGGGAUUAGUAUUGGAGUUGCUUUCAAUGUCGUAUUUGCUGACUGGAUGGUUACUGUGCUUCUAAUAAUUCUCUUUAUAGGUACAUCAACUAAGGCCUUCUUUAAGGGACUAGAAACAUGGAAGAAAGAAACGAUCAUGAAAAAGGAGGCUGUAAGGCGAUCGGAGACAAAUGGCAAUGGCCAAGAAGCAGAUUACAAGCUUCUUCCAGCUGGGCCCAGCGCUGAGGCCAAACCCUUCGAAGAACCAUCGGUCGGAAUCAUUGAAAAUGUAUGUUGGAAGGAAUGCGGGCUUCUUUUUUUCGUGUGGUUCGCGUUUCUUGCCCUCCAGAUCAUCAAGACGAAUACACAAACUUGCUCGGCAAUAUAUUGGGUGGUGAACUUAAUGCAGGUUCCUGUAGCUUUAGGUGUGUCGGGUUAUCAAGGGUUUUGCCUGUACAAGGGCUACCGGAAACUUGGUUCCAAGGGAGAUGAUGGUACUAACAUCAAAAUUCACCAACUCGCCAUUUAUGGCCUUUUUGGCGUCCUUGCUGGUCUAGUCGGGGGCCUUCUAGGUCUUGGAGGUGGAUUCAUCAUGGGUCCUCUGUUUCUUGAACUUGGCAUUCCUCCUCAGGUUUCAAGUGCCACCGCGACCUUCGCCAUGAUGUUCUCCUCGUCUAUGUCUGUCGUUGAAUACUACCUUCUAAAGCGAUUCCCCGUUCCUUACGCUCUCUACUUCAUCGCUGUUGCAACUGUGGCCGCCUUGAUCGGCCAGCACGUCGUGAGAAGGCUGAUCGUCGUGCUCGGGAGGGCUUCCAUCAUCAUCUUCAUUCUCGCAUCAACAAUCUUCAUCAGCGCGAUAUCGUUAGGCGGAGUAGGCAUCUCGAACAUGAUCUGGAAGAUCCACCGGAACGAGUACAUGGGCUUCGAGAACCUCUGCAAGUACGACGCGUGAUGCGGGCCGGGCCCCUCUAGACGGUCUUGGCGACGACGAUCGUCGAUCGCCCUCGGAUGGAAGAAGAGAAAGGUGGGGUUCUUCUCAACUUAAGACAUAGAUUCUUUUGUUGUAUCAUCCAUUUAGAUUUGAAUUGCAAUCAAUUUUUCAUGUGUAAGAAGAAUGUGUUGAUUAUGGUGGAGCAUGUGUUUGUGGUCCAGAUUAAAUAUUUAGGACACAAUUGUCGCAAAUUCAGUUUUUUGUCUUAUUUUCUGCUGUGAUGUACUCGAAUUGUAAUGGAAUAGUUCAUAGUUUUUUUUUUUUUUGAAAAAAAAAAAUCCAAGGGAAAUGGUUCAUUUAUUGCUUCAAAA